AUGGUCGGACUUGAUGCUGCUGGUAAAACAACGAUUCUCUACAAAUUGAAGUUGGGAGAGAUUGUGACAACUAUCCCUACAAUAGGAUUUAACGUUGAAACUGUUGAAUACAAAAAUAUUUCUUUUACCGUGUGGGAUGUUGGUGGACAGGACAAAAUUCGGCCGCUAUGGAGAUACUAUUUUCAAAAUACUCAAGGUACUUUUUUAUAUUUCUUACUUUAAUAUUUAGAUAUCUAUUGCGUUAUAUAGUAAACCAAAUGAAUAAUUUGCUUCCAAAUAAAUAGAAAUGUUGUUAAAAAUUCAAAUCACAGAAAUUAAAAAAAUAUUUUUAUUGACUGUAAAUAAUCUUUAAGAAAUAAAUAUUUAAUUUAGGACUGAUAUUUGUUGUGGACAGUAAUGACAGAGAGCGUGUUGAGGAAGCUAAAGAUGAGUUGGCUAGAAUGUUAAACGAAGACGAGCUCAGGGAUGCUGUAUUAUUGAUUUUUGCUAAUAAGCAGGUAGGUGAAAGGAUUCUACGCGCUUGGCCAUCCACUCUGGUGAAGGGGGUAGAUAACGGACGUCCGUGUUUAUAAUUACGCGUAAAAUAAAAAAAACUUGAAAUUUUCAAUUUUUGUUUGUAUAGAGAAAACUAGCGUUUUUAAUUAUCUACUUUGAGAAUGAAUUUUCUUUCAAUCUUAAAUUAGUACACUUAAUAUGCUUACAUUAUGGUUUAGGAUUUGCCAAACGCAAUGUCUGCAGCCGAGAUUACGGAUAAACUGGGGCUUCACAAUUUACGAAACCGUAAUUGGUAUAUUCAAGCAACUUGUGCGACUACUGGAGAUGGAUUGUACGAGGGUUUAGACUGGCUUUCUAACCAACUUAAAAACAAAACCGGAUAA